GUGGGGACCGCAGGAGCCCAGAGCCAGGUCCGAGGCAGCGGCAGGAGGCCGCCCCGUGGCUGGGGAGACCCCAGGGGACAUGCGAGGCCGCUGGGCCCCCUGACCUGGGACGGGGGCUGCGUCCCGGCUCCGGGACUCACUCGCUGAAGCAGCUGGGAUCCGCCAGGCCGCCUGCAGGUCCCGGCCCAGGCGGGGAGCGGCGUCGCGCGCCCCGGGAAGCCGCCAUGGAGAGUAAGGAUGAGGUCAGCGACACGGACAGCGGCGUCAUCCUGCAGUCCGGCCCCGACAGCCCGGUGUCGCCGCUGAAGGAGCUGAAGGAGGUGAAGGAGCUGACGCAGCUGACGCACGCCGUUCUCCGGCAGCAGCGGGCCCUGGAGCAGCGCCUGGAGGCCUGCCUGGAGGAGCUGCGGCGGCUCUGCCUGCGGGAGGCGGAGCUGACGGGCGUCCUGCCCGCCGAGUACCCCCUCAAACCCGGGGAGACGGCCCCCAAGAUCCGCCGCAGGAUCGGGGCGGCGUAUAAGCUGGACGCGCAGGCCCUGCACGGAGAGGACCCCCUGAGCAGCCUGGAGCAGGAGCUGGCCCUGCAGCUGCAGAUCGCCGAGGCCUCGCGGCGCCUGAGCCGGGAGGAGAAGCUGAGCCGCCACGCCCGGCGGCAGCGCAAGCACGCGGUGCUGCGGGAGGAGGAGAAGCUGCGGGCGCUGGAGCGCUGCCUGGGCGAGCAGCGGCGCCACCGGGGCUCCCUGCCCGCCGCCGUCCUGCCGCUGGGCCGAGAACUCAGCGUCUCCGACGACAGCUCGCUGUCCGAUGGGCUGCUUCUGGAGGAAGAGGAGGCCCAGGCGCCCCAGCCCGCCCCGGCGUCCGAGCCCCCGAGCCCCGAGGGGCUGCCGCCCGCCGGCCCUGAGCCGGGGGCCGUGGACCCGGCGCCCAUCCAGAACGGCCCCUGGAAGGAGACCAGCCUGGACGAGCCCUACGAGAAGCCCGGCAAGACCUCCGACCCCAGCAGCGCGUCCAGCAGCCCGGCCUCCACGCCUCAGGACGGGCCCGGCACCUCCGGCCUGUGGCCCCCGGAGCCCCCCUCCUACCACGGGGUCCCCGUCCGCGGCGUCCCCGGGCCGCGGCAGGGCAGGGCCAGCGCCCCCACCACCCCCACCGCCCCCAACACGCAGGGCAGGCGAGGCCAGGCGCAGUCUCUGAGAAUGGACUCCUUCCGGGCGGGACCCCGCCGCCGCCCCACACACUACACGGUGACCGUGCCCAGCUCCUGCUGGCCCCCGAGCGGCCCCCCGCGGCCGCCCCCCGCCCCCCACUCCUGCUCCGAGGACAGCGGCUCCGACGGCUCCAGCGUGUCGCACGCCACCUCCCCCGGCAGCAGCAGCCCCGACGUCUACGCGCUGAGGCCGCCGUCCCCGCCCGGGACGCCGGGCCACCGCGGGGGCUGGGGCCCGGCCGCCCCCCGCCCGGCGCUGCUGCUGGCCCCCGGGCCCUUCCCGGCCGGCCGCUACGUGCUGGUGGCCGAGGGCCGCCUGCCGCCCGGCGGCGAGCUGGACCCGGCGGCCCGCGAGGAGGAGGGGGCGCUGGCCCUGCGGCUCCAGCAGCUGCAGCAGCUGCAGCAGCACCUGCGCCCCCGCGGCCGCCUGGCGCGCGCCCCCUCCCUCAAGGACAGCCCCGCGGGCCGCGCCCUGUGCCGGGCGGCCGUCACCCAGGAGCUGCAGUCCUGGCACGAGCGUGUCCGCCUGCGCGGCGCCCGCCCCCAGUCGCUGGACCGCCAGGGCGCCUUCCGCGUCCGCAGCCUGCCCCCCGGGCGGGCCCUGGGGCCCCGGACACAGGUGCCCGCCGUGUGCGUGCUGCGCCGGUCGCCCGAGGGGGCCCCCGUGCAAGUGUUCGUGCCUGAGAACGGGGAGAUCAUCAGCCAGGUGUAGCGCCCGGGGGUGCCCUGCGCCGCCGCCGCCGCCGCCGCCGCCGCCGCCGCCGCCGCGGGCCCAGCCCGCCCUGUGCCUUCCGCGGCUCCCGCCCCAUCGCAGGUCGAUGCCCUGGAGCCGAGACGUUCAUUUUCACGCCCGUGUUUCGUUCAGGCGUCCUGAGGGGUCCUGUGGCCGCUGGUCCUCAGCUCCCUGUCGGGGGGCCACGCUCGAGGCCUCCGACGGGCCGGCGGCUGGACCUGGGCCCCGCCCCUGUGCCCCAUGGCGCUCUCCUUAUGUGAGACGAGAGGCGGGACAGAGGCAGACGGGGCGGGGGGCCCCCUGGGGUCCCCGAUGCUCGCCCUCUGAGUCCGAGGACGGCCCCGGAGAACGGCGGGGCCCCCCUGGCCCCUGUGGCUGGUGGACACCUCCCCUCCCCCGUCCCCCAGCUCUCUGGGUGCCGCGGGGUGCCGGGCUGGGGAUCCCCCCCUACAAUGUGCUCUGUGAUGCACGCACCAAGGGAGGGUCGAGGACUGUCUGCCUGACCCCCCGAGCCCCAUGCAGGGCCCCCCCCAC